GCAACACAUGAUUCAGGUCGCAUGAUGAAGCAAAACGAAGGUAGUUGUUAAUGCGCAUAUGCGUACUGUAAGACUAGUUUUAAAAAUACAACAGCAAAAGCGUCGCAUUGUAAAAUCACCUGGCCCACCGGGUUUACCAGACCGGCCUUGCAAAUCCCAAGAGAAAAAAAUAAGUUGCCUGGUCUCCUUUUCCAAAGAGCAUCCUUUUCUUCCUUUCUUUUUUCUUUCUUCUUCUUUUGCUGCUGUCCCCUUGGCUUUUCUACUUGUCCGUUCUCUCGCUCGGAUUAACCCUACAGAAACACAAUGCAAAGAAACAACAGCAACAGCCCUAGUGGUAGCACUAACAGUAGUAACAACAGCAAUAAUAACUUUGUCCACUUUGAGACGACGCCUCGCGAAUACUAUGACCACUGUACCACAGCAACGCCCAGCUACGAUCUAUACCCCAGCCUCUCUCGUCGUCUUGUGAAUGGCUACGUGCAACGACCCGUACCGCGCAAAUGCAGUCAACGAUGCGACCGGCAGAUCAAUUUUGCGACCAUGAACAUGAUACAGCGAGAACAGGCCAGCAGCACAAGCAGUACCUGGUACCACCCGCAUCCUAUGCUCGACCUGUUUGCACGACUCCCUGCCGAACAAGAGGAGGAACAGCACGAGCACAUCCAGGACGACGAGAUACCAACGUGGGACCUGUACCCUCUUGUUCUUCGAAAUGUCGAGAACUUUGGUACAGAACAAAUGCGACAACGACUUCAUCAAGCCAUGGCGACCAUGGUCUAGCAACUACUGAAAAAAAGCGUACUUAUUCCCCGAGUCUCGAAGGCUCGCUAUAUACCUUCAUCCCUUUCGCCCCCCGGACCUUUCUCCUCUUCUCCUUCUUGUCGUCUAGCAUUGCGCGCGCGCGCGAGAGAGAGAGAGAGAGAGAGAGA